AUGGCAGAGUUGACGCACAGAUUCUUCUACGAAUCGCUCUCCGUGGCACAGAGGCUGACUAGCUGUGUAGCGACCGUUGAUGAGAACCCGACAAUAGCCAGGGUCCAAGAGCAGUAUUGCCGACCCCCGUUGGCCGACUUGGUCUCUUCAUCGUUCCUGGGCCGCCUCGGAGUCUCGGAUCCAUGCCGUGCAGAGCCGUCGACUAGUGGUCCGUCAAACAAGGGUCUUCCAUCGGCUCUCGCUCAGCGAGAUGCGGGGUGGGGGCGUCACAGCCGGAGUCGUAACGCGGACCAUGGUGGUAUUGAGGCGGCGCCCCUUGGCGAUGUCAACCGCGGUUGGUCCCCCAAACACGCGACUUGGUGGAGCUUCUUUCCCCAGAAACUUGCCUAA